AUGCCCGGACUACCAUUACCCAUCUCCACAACAUCAGAACUGAAGACCGUCAACCCUGUGGUCAUCACUCCAAUCAACAAUGUGACCGGGACCAUCGUAGAAGCCACCGAUAGGAUAGCAGUCAAAUCUGCGGAGUGGACACUCAUCACAUUCUUUGACCUCAGCCAAUUGGCACAAGAAAUUGAGACUGUCAAAAAGGGUAUCCAAUCCAUAAAACAAUGGUGCUCAACGGCAUAUGAGGUUUGCCCCACGAUCAUACAAACAUUGCAGCAGGAGGUAGCAGAAAUCCAAGAUGCCGAUCAGUUAAUGCAUCAUCAACGACAGAAACGCGGAGCACUGAACAUCGUUGGAAAUAUCGCGAAUGGUCUGUUCGGAGUACUCGAUGAUCAAUAUGCCAGACGGAUGGAAGAGAUUAUUAGCAAACUACGAGCCCAAGAAGGCGUCACACAUAAAAUAGUGGAGAACCAGACGUCAAUUCUGGACACAACCAUCAACAUUAUGAGGAGGACGACGAUCGAAACUCAGAAGAGGAUGCAGGACUUAGAAGCCAGUCUAGCCAGAAUCAAGAUAAGAAGCCAUGCGGCGGAUAGAUAUCUUCCGCAUGCAGUCUCCGAAUUGGUCGUCGUGGCAAAUCACAUUCGGCGGGUCCAGGAUGCUGUAUUGAACGUGUUAAUCGGGGCACAUGAAGGAAAAUUAAGCCCUGCAUUGGUGUCAGUGGAACAAGUAAAACAGGUGAUCACAAAAAUCCAAACACACCUGCCACCGGGAAGACGAUUACCCAUCACCAGUGAAACAGCACGAGACUUAUAUCGACUGGCGACCACUAGAGUACAAGAAACCGAGGAUUUAUUGAUGUUUCAUACAAGCGUUCCGUUAGUCGAAGAAGAUGAAUUCACAGUAUAUCGGAUGGAGCCAAUUCCACAAAUAACGAGAGAAGGCCUGGUGAUAACCAAGACGGAAACAGGAUAUCUAGCAAUAGAUGAUCAUCGGAAACACCACUUCGCGACACCUUACAGUGCACCUUACAGUGUACAACACCUUAGGCAGUGUAUCAGCAUGACGAACGGAAUUAAGGUAUGCGAUUUUAAGCAGACGCUCUUUGGCCCGGACGCCCAUCAACUCCCGUGUACAAUGGCAGCCUUAGCAAAACAUCAGGCAGGAGAAUGUAAGCCAGAGCCAAUCAAGGGAACCAGUUAUUGGGUUCAAUUGACAGAGCAAAAUGCUUGGAUUUUUGGGACCACGAAACCAAUAGCAAUGACUUAUGUCUGCUCGGCCGAAAAGGAUCAAGUCAUCAUCGAAGGCGUUGGAAAAAUGACAAUCAGGCAAGAUUGUGUGAUCCAAAGUCCGACCAUCACGUUAUUGGGACGAGCGCAAGUUAACUCAUCAGGAACAGUAAAGAUGUCAGGAGGUUAUGUGCACGAGUGGCCAUCACAGGAAAAAAUAAAGACAACAGAAGGUCAAUUGAAGUCAACGUUGGAUCAGCUAGACCGACUACAUGCAGAGGUGCAGGGAUUAAAAACAUGGACGAAGCAGGCACAGGAGGAUGUGGACAGCGAGACAGACUGGAAUCUGCCGCAUCAAUACUCCGGAGUAAUAAUGUUAGGAAUAGCAAUUCUCGUGGCCGCAUGGGCAGGAUAUACACGGUGUGUCUGGAAAGACACCUCAGCAACCAACCAGAGGACGAUACCAGCCCAAGGAGAAGGGUUCCAGCUGAUCAAACAACAUCUAGCAGCAGUAACACGGGAUGGACAUCACAGGAGAUUCGAAGUCUACGACCCAGGGACGUCUCAGUAA